CUCUGGGCUUGGUCACAGGUCGCAGCUUAGCUAAGUGCAAGGGUUUGUGAGCUGUUCAAAGACCAGAACAACCAAAGUCGCAGCCAUUUUCCGGUCGGCCUCGCAAGAAAUCGAUUGAAUCCAUUCUUCAAAGUUUUUUGGUGCAUUGGUUAUUUGCAUAAGGUCUGGACUCUCUUUCCACUUGUAAUUGGCUAUGCCUCUUUAAUCUUAUUGAAUUCCAAACUAGUCUGUAAUGGCAGUCAUGGACCCUUCACGGUCUUUGGAGAUAUUAGUCCGAGAGCCAGAAGGGUUUUCUCUCUGUACCGGCCCUCCAUUUAGCAAUGGGCAACCAUGUAUUAAGAUCGAAAAAGUUCCCUGUACCAAUGCCAAGUUCAGUGAAGAUGGAUCAAGACUCAUGGUUACUAAAUCUGAUUCUAUUAGUAUCUAUGAUUGCCGCAGCUCUACAGAGAUUAGAUCCUUUGAAGUACCCAAUGAUCUUGCUGUUACCCUUUCUCCAUGUGGGACUUAUCUCCAGACCUUUCAGAAAUCCUCAACACCACAGGAGAAGAACUUGAUCUUGUGGAAGAUCGAAACAGGUACUUCUGUUUAUAGUCAGUUCCAGAAGAGCAUGUCUAAAACCACAUGGCCUUCCAUCCAGUUUAGCUCUGAUGAAUCUGUUGCUUGUCGGAUGGCAACAAAUGAAAUACAAUUUUUUGAUGCUGGUGAUUUUUUAAAAGGAAUUAUAUAUCGGCUUAGAAUCCCUGGUGUAGCUGCAGUUGAGCUAUCUAAAACACCUGGAUCCCAUGUUGCAGCAUUUGUAGCAGAAUCUAAGGGAAUUCCUGCUAGUGUCCAGAUAUUUGCAUGUGGAAAGGAUGCACAGGCUCAACCUAUUGCUCGACGGAGUUUCUUCCGGUGCUGCACAGUGCAAUUGAGUUGGAAUUAUGGUUCUACUGGGCUUCUGGUUGUAGCACAAUCAGAUGUUGAUAAGACCAACCAGAGUUACUAUGGUGAAUCAAAGUUGAAUUACCUGACAACUGAUGGGGUACAUGAAGGACUUGUGCCUCUACGUAAAGAAGGGCCUGUUCAUGAUGUUCAGUGGUCUUCUUCUGGUUCUGAAUUUGCUGUUGUUUAUGGAUUUAUGCCUGCAAAAGCAACAGUGUUUGAUAAGAAGUGCAAUCCAAUACUUGAACUUGGAACAGGGCCUUACAAUACUAUCAGAUGGAACCCAAAAGGGAAGUUUUUAUGUUUGGCUGGUUUUGGUAACUUACCUGGGGAUAUGGCAUUUUGGGACUAUGUGGAGAAAAAGUUGCUUGGAACAACAAAAGCUGAAUGCUCUGUAACAAGUGAAUGGUCCCCAAAUGGACUCUAUUUCAUGACUGCAACAACAGCUCCCAGACUUCAAGUUGACAAUGCGAUUAAAAUUUUCCACCACAAUGGAUCAUUGUACUUCAAGAAGAUGUAUGACAAGCUGUACCAGGCAGAGUGGAAACCAGAGGCUCCUGAAAAAUUUGGUGAUGUUGCUGAGCUAGUAAAAUCUGUAGAUGCCUUAAAGGUUGAUGAAGUCAAACCACAAGGCCAAGGGGCGAAGUCUUCCCAAGCUUCCACAAAGAAAGCCACCAGCACCAUACCUGUGCAGAAACCUGCUGCAUAUCGCCCACCCCAUGCUAAAGAAGCAGCUGCUGUUCAGGCACAGUUGUUUGGAGGAGGUAGUCCUUCAGAAGAAAUGAGCAAGAAUGCAUUGAGAAACAAGAAGCGUAGGGAGAAACAGCGAGAGAAAAAAGCUGCUGAGGCCGCUUCUGCUGCUGGUGGUACUUGACUGUGUUGUGUAAAAAGUCUACAGAUCCGCAUGAAGGCUAAUUUUAUACAUAUAGCCUGUCCCAAACUAAAUAUCAAGUCUUGAUAGAAAGCGUGGUUACAUUCAAGCCCUUGCUCAUGUUCAUCAUAGUUUUGUUAUGAUUGGUUUUCUUGAUCGGGGUGAGGGCAUCAUUUGGUUAAUAUUCUUGAUUGGGUUCAAGUUAUCCAUACUUUCCUUUUUCUUUUCUUUGCAACGGCAAAUAAGAGUAGUUUUACCGUCAUUUUCCUUUUCGGUUCUUGUGGUUGAUAAGCUGGAUAUCUGAAACUGGUCGAAAUUUUAUUGAUCUUGUUGUCGAAAUUGUCAUUGAUCA